CAAAUUACCCUGGCUCGACCUGACGUCGGGCUCCGCUCACACAUGGAAGUGAGGUAGCGCAGCUGGCAGGAAGCGUCUGCCUGUAGCUGACUGAUCCCAAUCGUCACGCACAUUUUCUCUUCGGUAGCUUCUACCGGCUGUGUUCAUUUAAAAAAAAACACAUAUAUCCAGAUUGGUAAUAAGAUGACCUCCAAGAGGAGCGAAGGCGAAUGGCAGGGGCUAGUGAACGAGUAUUUGAUUUGCAAAAGAAAGCUGGAGAGUAAGAAGGAAGCUCUGUUGAUCCUCUCUAAGGAACUUGAUACAUGUCAACAAGAACGGGACCAAUACAAACUAAUGGCUAACCAACUACGGGAACGGCAUCAAUCAUUGAAGAAAAAGUACAGGGAACUAAUGGAUGGUGAUCCCACACUCCCUCCAGAAAAACGGAAUCAGGCAAAUCUGGCACAACUACUGAGUAGUUCUCGAGAGCGAAAUAAACAACUCACAGAGGAAAUCAAAGAAAUCCAGCAGAGACUGACUGAGGCACAGGGUGAUAACAAGCUUCUAAGAAUGACUAUUGCAAAACAACGUUUAGGUGAUGAAGAAGUUGGGUCUCGCCAUUUUCCUGCACAUGAACGUGAAGAUCUUGUUCAGCAGUUGGAAAAAACACGUGAACAGAUUGAACGGUUGGAUCAUGAUUAUCAAGCAGCAGUGGAUGAGCUUCAGGAUGUUAAGGCUGAACGCUUUUUUUACCAGGAGAAAUCUGACCGUCUAAAUCAAGAGAUUAACCAUAUUCUUGGAGGACAUGAAAACCGUAUAAUUGAUGUUGAUGCAUUGUGCAUGGAGAACAGGUAUCUGCAUGAGCAUUUGAAACAGAUCCAGGAAGAAGUCAGCAUCCUUAAAAAUAACAUUUCUAAAUACAAGAAUGCUCUUGAACGUAAAAAGAACACAAAGUCAAGUGGAAGAAGCAACAGUAGCGCCCUUACAGGGGUUCUUUCUGCUAAACAAGUCCAAGAGCUAUUAUCAGAAGGUCAUGGCUGCAGUCUGCCAGCUACUCCACAGUCCAUCUCAGAUCUGAAAUCAUUGGCAACUGCGUUACUUGAGACAAUUCACGACAAGAACAUGGUCCUUCAGCAUCAACGUCAGACGAAUAGGAUUCUAGGCAAUCGUGUGGCUGAGCUGGAAAAAAAGCUAAGAACAUUGGAAGUUUCCGGUUUGUGGAGUCUUCCAGGAGGGAGAGAGACUAUAACAUUAACUGAUGCUACCAUUCCUGAGGAUGUAGGACCACAAUCACCUGUGUUUGAGGGCAUUGAAUCACAGAUGCAGCAGAAUGAUCAAUUAAAAGAUCAUGGUUCUCCACCUCAGCCUGCAACACUUGAGUUGACCAGUGAAGAGCAAAAAUCCACAGGAUUUGAAGAAAUGCAAGUGGAACAAACUAAUAAUUGUGGAAGUCCAGUAUUCUUGCCUUUGGAAACAGAUGCCCAAACAAUAGAUAUUUAUUCAUCAAUAUCCCAAUCUCACACAGGAAAUGAAAUAACAAAAGUGACUGAAAAGUUAAUUACUACUGAGUUAGGCGAUGGCUGUAAUGAAACAAGUGCUUCUGAGAUGCAGUUUAUUGCAAAAUCUCAGAAUCAUGAUGCUGUUUCAUCUGUAUUCAAAUCCCUUGUAGCCAGUCCAGAAUCAGCCAACCAAUCUGAUUCUGAAUGUGACCAGUGGAUUCAAAAUAACACAAUUAAUGAACCAUUGGAUACUCUUGAAAAUAACAUUACUUGUGUGUCAUUAAACAUGACUUCCAAAAGAAAUUCAGAUUCUCAACUGGACAACCUGCUGACUACAGAUCCACAGUCAAUAUUUGAGAGUGGUACAGAAAAUACUGAAGAAAAUCAUGAAGAACAGGUGGCAUAGUUCAUACUUGGUUUACUUCUGUAGUUUAAAGAUUAUGAUAAAAUUUCCAGAUUUAAUUUGAGAUCAACAAGAAAGAGUAGUUCCCUUGAAAACUCUUUUUCAGUUGGAUGUGAUGUGAAGUUUCUACAUUGUAUGCUGAGAUCUGAAUUUCAUUAAAAAAUAAAAUUUUCCAAUAUUUAUAACUGCAGAAUAGAAUAAAUAACUACAAUGAUUAAUAAUUAUUGAAAAACAAAGUUAGGAUACAGUGUUCAUCAAAGUCAUUUUAUGUCUUCUUACGAAUGGGUUUCAAUUUUUAGCACUUUUUUCUCUUCUUUAAACAAAGUAGAGGAGUCAUGUUUUCAUCAUUCUAUACUGUAAGCCAAAAGGAAUCUGAGGACAAAGUUUUAAGAGGAGUGUGAUAUUUACUCUGUUCUGUUUCACAAUGUUUCUCCUGGGUACAUGUUUGUUCACAGUCUUUUGCACCAAAUAUAUAAUAUUGAGAUGGCUAUGUGUUGUGUGCUGCUUCCAGAUGUGGUUCCAUUGACUUCAAUGGAAGCAGAGUCCAACAAGCAAACACUACUUUGUUGUUGAUUUAGUUGAACAACCCAGCACGAAUUUCUACUCCUUUCAACUAUUUUACUCUGAAUGACUUGAACUACCAGGAAAGCUAAGUGCUGCUUUGUAACAACAAUUUGUAAUUUGAAAAAUUGGUUAAUGGCUUGUGAGUGGAUCUGUUCUCUGAACCACUUUCACAUAAAGCACUAUUUUUUUUCUCCACAGAUCCUGACUAACUUGUUGUGCAUUUUCAGCACCUUCUGUUUCUGAUUUGCAGCAAAUUCUAUUUUAAUUUUUACAAUUCAUGACUUCCCUGUAAUAUAUUGCUGUAUUACAAGAAGAGGGGGUAUGAUAUAGGAUUGUCAUGGUGAUUACAUAAAUAAGAUUAAGUUUUUCUUGGAAUAAAUAAAAGAAAUUUGUUUUAUCAAGUUUUUUUUUAAAUUUUCUGCUGGUGAUGUACAGUCACUAUUAUUGCUUAUUGGCAGGCAGCAGCCAACAACACCCAAAUGUAAAAGUUUUAUUAUUCUUGAGUUUAAAAACAUGCAUUUCACACUUCUAAUUUUAAGAAAAACAGAGACAUUAGCAAGAGGAGGAAGUAGUGUUGUCAAUAUUGCAAAUUUUCCAUAUUUCAUUAAUAAUCAAGCAUAUUGCAUCUGGAUAAUUUGUCCACUGUGGUAAUAUGAAUUAUUUAUUUGUAUUAUUAAUUAAAAUUACUAAUUAACAUGGAUUUUUUUGCAACAGACAAGAACCAUAGAUUUUUAGAGCACAUAUGCUGGAAGUGGGAAUAUAGUAAUGAAAACUGCUAAUUAUCAAGGGCAGGGGAGGAUAAUGUGGGAGAAACAGCAGUAGCUACCUGUUGCUUCAAUGCAGCGAUUCAGCAACAGGGCUAUUGCUUCAUUUGGAUUGGUAAUUCUUAGUUAAUUUUACAUGGAGUUAUGUUUUCAUGACAUUCCAAGAAUCAUUGAGGUUCAAAAACUGUAAGUGUUUUUAAAAGUAAUAAUAGCAAAAGUAACUGGACAACCAGCUAUAAUCAGGUAAAGGUAUAGCAAUAGCAUUUAAAAUAUUAUUUUCUAUGCCAUUGAUUGUAUAAUCAAAUAUAAUUACUGUUUUACUUUGGCUCCAAGCCAUGCUAUUUCACGCCUUGCAGAUAAAUUAAGAGCAGCACUCCACAAGAUCACGGUCUGGAAGAAAAUAACCAUAACUUUUGAUUGAAUCUGAGGGGAAUAUUUGUCUGAGUAAAUGAGUACCCUUUCAUGUUAGUUUAUGUGUUGUUUAUAACUUUAUUGGUGAUAGGAAUCAUGUUUGUCAUAAUAUUUAUUAUUUUCUUCAUUUCGUUGUGUAUUUGAUGGCCUUCACAACAGAAAAGGACUGUGCUAUUAUUUUACUUGGAACUUGAUUGAUUGAAGUUUUAUUAUUGGCUGCAUGUCUUCAUCAGUCUCAUAUCAAAAGAUUUUUUUCUGGUCAACUCAAACUGAACACAGGUGGAUUCUCUUCUAGAUAUCUUUGUCUCAAAAUAAGGAUCAUCUCCAUGGGGAAAAAUACAUUUUAAAAAGAGAAUAUUGCCACUUAGAGUUCUUCAAUAAGUUUAGUUUUGGAAAAUUAUUUGGAACAGCUUGUCAGGUAUUGUGAAUUGCCCAAAGCCCUUUGUAUUAUUGUAGAACUUAAACAAAAACAUUAUUUUUAUUUUAAAAUACUUAAUUAUGAGUAACAAAUUUUGUAAAGAUAGUAAAUGUUGUCACUUGCAUCAUCAUUUUCUGUAAAUGAUCUGCCCAUUUUAAAGCACAUUUAGGGGUAUUUAUAAUGCUAUUUACUUUUCUGUUCCUUUUAUUAGUUUUAUGUUUACUUGUUCUUGUGUUGCUCCUUUAUAUAUUUUGAAUGACCAAGUCAAGCAUAUUGAAGACAGUUUGUAAUUUUUUUCAGCUGUGAUGCUUUCUCAGUGUUAUCAUUUGGCUAAAAGGUCGGUAACAAUAAUACUGUGGUACCUGGACAGAGUUAAAUCAUUGCCUUGUCCUUGAAAUGGUAGAUUUCUUUAGAUUGAAGGAUUGUGAAGGAUUGCACUAUUCCAAUGUGUUUAUUGACCGACAUUCUCAAUUAGAUGAAAUGCAUUUUAAACUACAGUGUACCCCCACAUUACGGAGGGGUUGCUUUCCAAGAAAACCAGCCAUAUUGUGAUUUUCCAUAUAAUGAACCCUUAUUUUUCCCAUUGGAAAUGCUUCUUAUGGGAAGUUUUUUUCUCAACAAUAGUGCCCCCACGGAUGCGUGGUCUAUAGGAAAGGGAAACCUGAUUGUAUUGUAGGCAGAAUAAAAAGGGUUGUUGUUUUAAUUUACUAGACUUGGAUGUUACAGUGUUUGAUAAAGUAUCAUUGUACAACUAUCAAUAGAAAAGAUUGCCUUGUCAGUUUUCAAAGCAAAUCUCUUAAGUGGCCUUCCCCCGUGAACCGACAGGCUGCAAUCAUUGUCCUUGAUAAAAUAGUUCAGUUCUCUAUUUUCAUUUUGUGCUUAAAUUUUUUAUAUAAAUUCUGUAAGACCAAAUUUUAUUCCAUAUCUCAAAUUUUUUGGUAGUGAUUUGUGAAUUCUGUAAGGGCGAAUUUCCAUUACCUGCACAGCAUACCCCUGCGUUACGAUAGUAUGUUGAAGCUGUCUUUGUUUUUUUAAAAAAAUGUAUGAAAAUACAUUACUUGUUUCAGAGAACAGCAAAUUUUGCAGAGCAUUAGUUUGAUCUGAAGGUUUAUACCACAUGCACAAGGGUGUGAGUGUGAAAUUCCUGUGCAUUUCUUCCACCAUUUCCUAUCAUCUUUAUGUGUGUCCUGUGCCCUCCACUGAGACUGUCAUAUUACUGAUUUCCUUUUUUUUAAGUUGACCUUUCUUUUCUUGCCCUAUUUUGGUUCCAGCUGUAACUGUAUUUUAUCUUUUGUUAAAGGGGGGGCAAUUAUCUUUUCCUCCUCCAGGUGGUGUUUUAUUAUGAGGCAUGAUUCCAAGGCUACUGGCAGCUCUUUGAUAGACUAAUUUUUUUAUGCCAAGCCAUCUCAAUUGCCAUUGACCUAUUAGGUUUAAUUGGGUUUAUGCCAGUUUUGUAAUGUCAAUACUGAACUGUCACGGGAGUUACAUCUGUACUUUCUCCCAACCAAUCCUCUGAUUUUCUCCACUGUCCAACAUUUACCAUUUAACCAACAUCACUAAAGCAUUAUGUUGGUCAUUUAUUGCCUUUGCAUACAAAUUGUCUGGUCCACCUGCCUAGUUUUUCAGCAAAUAUACAUAAAAAUAAAUGAGACUUUAUCAGCCAUGAAGCACUUUCAAACUUGAUGAGGUUGUAAAUAUUGUCACGUAAAUUCAUUCUGUUUUUUGUUCUGCCUUUUGUCCUCUCUGUUUCCUGUCCAAUUCCCUAGUGUGAGCAAUGUCUGACAUGAUGGCACACUGAACUCCACUGUCAGAUGGAACAUGGAGUCUAUAUUAAUAACAUCUAUAUUUCUGCACAAUGUACAUGAGAGCCUUCAAAGCAACCCAAGAGAAACAAUAGUCAUAUUGAAAACACAGACAUAUAUGUGGUAUUAAUAGAAUUAGCAAUUAAUAGUUCUGAGGCAUGAAAAUAAAGCAUUCAUUAGGUUAUAACUUGCCAAUGCAUACUUCCUAUGAUGCACUCCUAAUGGUUUAACAUAUAGUGUAUGUUGGAAUUCAAACUCUUGAAUGUAAAUCGUAUCUUUGAACUUUGCAGAUUUCAGCCUCAGGAAUAGUUAAGUACCUCUACUUCCUCUCCCAUUUAUUUCAAGUUGGAUGGUAUAAAAUGUGAUUUUUGUCAAUGUAUGUCUUCUCAGAAGGUAUUUGAUUUGUCUGAUUGAUUUUAAAAUUAUGUACAUUCUUUUACUCAGAAAACUGGCUGGUUUAGUCAUUUCUAAAAUGUUGGCAGUGUUGUACAUCAUCUUUCAUGUGCUGAAAGCUUAGUUUUUCUUUUGUGGCUUCCAUUUCUACUGAACCAAUAAUCGAUAUUUAUUUUAAGUUGAAUUUAAUCACAUGAAAGGUAAUGCCAUAAUGUUGCACUUUUUUUGUCAUUUUCUAAAUAAAUUAGAAUUUGCUUUUUUUUUCCCUUGGGCUAAAUUUAGUUAAUUUUUGUAUAGAUUAAUCUCAAACACCAGAAGUGCAUGAAGGGAAUGUUGUAGGUGUCUGGGCUUCGAUGGAAGCAUCCAAGGGCUUCUCUUGCCUGUAACUGCUACCAUGUUUUCCUGUUCUAUUGAUACAAUCUAAAAUGCAAUCUUACCUCGGCAAUUUCUGUAAUUUAGUUAAAGCCACAAAAAAAAUCAUUACUGUAAUGAAGUUUUAAGAAACUGAUUAGGCAUUUAAUUUCCUUGCCCAUUUAGAAUAAAGUGUUGAUGUGA